AUGAUUUUAGGUAGAAACAAUGAGCAUAAGCAAGAAAAAUUAGGCUCGAUGAAGAAGUCUGUUUCAAAUAUGGAUACCCUCGUAAACACAGAGAGAAACAUCAUUCAGGAGAACGGCAGCGAUAUGGACGAAGAUGUUGAGAGAAAGGAUGAAACAAAUUUUAAAGCCAACUUCGCUCCAAGAUUUGCGGGAGUGCCAAACCAAGAAAUUAUUCUGCAAGGGUUGGCUUCCUCAACAGAUGAGAAACACAUUUUAGAAGUGAUGAGCGAAACCGGUGCGGAAAUUGACAGUAUUGUACUUAUACGCGAUAAAGUUACUCGUGAAUCGAAGCGCUAUAGCUUUGUAAAGUUCAUAUCUUUGACUAGUUCGAAACAAUGGAUGGAAAGAUAUUUUCCUUCAAUUCAUAUUGAUGGUAGAAACAUUAGUGUCCGCUACUCAAGAGAAGCUCGAGAGGAAAUUGAUGGAUGGAAAUGUGAAAACUGUGAUUUGUUGAACUAUUCAUUUCGAGAUGCCUGCUUCAAGUGUAAAACUUUACGAUCGUAUGUUGACAAUACAGAACGAAAUGGAAGCAAUGAUGCUGGCGAUAUUCCUAGUUUAUAUCUGUUAUUAAGAAACUUAGAUCGCUCUUUAACUGAUCUUACACUUCUCAAAGGCUUGUCAAGAUUGGAAUGCAAUGUCCAAAGAUUAUUUAUGAUUCGACGAAAAAAAGAUAAUUUGUUUUGUAGCUAUGCCAUUAUUGAAUUAUCAAAUGUUGAUGAGGCUGCCAAAACGUUAACAAAGGCGCGAACAUUUAUAGGAAAACCCUUCACGAUUGCUUCUCGGAAAGUGUUUGUUGAUUAUAUUCAUGAAGGAGUGUUUGUUCCAGCCCAAGGACAAGUUGAUGAUUGGAAAUUUCCUACUAAAGACGGAUAUCGUGUUUAUUGGGACGAGAAUCUAUACUGCUCUAUAUUCAUCCCCGAGAAUGUUGACCAAGAGCAAUUUAAACCAAUUGAAAAGGCAUUGAAACAAAAGAAAGAAAAGCGAGCAAGGACAACCCCGGCGGAACCUCCCUCAAACAAAAAGAUUGCUCUUACUUUGGCACGUUGGCAAGGCGCCCAGAAAGAAUUAACGGAGGAUGUGCCUGAACUUACUGAAGAAGAAGAGAAAUUUCUUCUACAAUACAUUUGGAAAUCAUCGCUUAUCUGUGUCUUAUGUGAAAGAAAGUUUCACAGCUGGGGUCAUAUACUGAAGCACUUGACACAAUCUUUUCUGCACCAGAAGAACUUGAAGAAUAAUCCCCUUGUUAAUGCUGCUGAUGGAUUCAUGAAACGUAUUCGAGAAAUCGAGCGCCCUGAUUAUAGAGACAGAGCUACUGAAAGAAGAGCUAUCCACAUUACUGAUAAUACCGAUUCUUUGAAAGAGCCCAACUUCUCACCAUUGCCUGAUCUGUCCCUUGGAAACAAGUCUACUGAAGUAUAUUCGCAAGAAUCAUUGGAGCCGACAGCUUACCUGCCAGGUGUUGGUUUAGGCACCAAAAACGCAAAAGUAAAGAUUAACAUGACACCUGUUGAUCGAGUAAAAACCCGUGCUAGAUCCUUGUACUUUGAGAAUCCUACAGAAUAA